AAGAGACCUUCAUGUUUCAAUUUUUGUAAUUUUCUUAAAAUACGUAAUAUCAAGUGAGUUUCAUAUUUUUAAAAUUUCUUAUACGAAAUGAAAAAAUAAUUUUACUUAAGUUUAGAAUGAAAAUCUUUAUUUUGAAAAACUAUGUAUUGUAUAUUUUUAUAAUUAUUCAAGUGGAUUAGAUGAAAUUCGGGUUGAGUCGGUCGGGUUACGGGUUAGUCGGGUUCGGGUCAAUCGGGUUCGGGUUAAUUGGGUUGCGGGUCAAUCGGGUUGUGGGUCGGGCGGGUUACGGGUUGUUGACUUUUAGUCAAUUUGGGUUGCGGUCGGGUUGCGGGUCGGGUUGAUCGGGCGGGUUAAUCAGGUCGGGCUAUGUUUUGACACCUAUACCAAAAAUCCUGCUAAUUCUAGGUCUAGUUAAUGUUUUCAUACUCAAAGUAUACCGUACCCUGAAUUUCACACCUAUUGAUAUUUACUGAAAUUACUUAUGGUUUUGCUUUCUUUACACUAUAUUUUAUUAUCUUAGAUCCAAUGAUGUUGUCAUUACGUAAGAAUCUCUAUUUCGAAAUAAUUUGACUUUAUUUAUCAUGCCACUUCCACGGCUCAAACAGGUAAGAAUCUCAAAGCCCGGUCUAUCUCUAAGCUCAAAUUAAAUUAUAACUAAUCCAACUCAUGUUCUUGUGCCGUAGUGUCGAGGAAAAUGUUCCGAGUUUGAACAAAGAUCAACCAAGAAGUUCAUACGUCCAGAAUUCUUAAAUACAGUCCUAAAACACGUAUCAGAGGUGAGAGAACCCGAUCCAUUAUGUUAAAUCAAAGUUUAUAUGAGUUUAUUCGUGUGCGCAUGUAUUAUCGGUUGUACAGAAAAUUUUAUAGGAUUUGCCACGGUUCUGUUAUCGUCUCUAAAAGCUGAUCACUUACGCUCUGUUUGGCAACAAGGGGUGCAAAUUGUAGGAGGUGCAGGUUGAGGGGUAAAUUGCUAGGGGGUGCAAAUUGCUGGGGUUGUAAGUAGGGGUGGUAAACGGUAUAACGGUUAUCAUAUUAACCGUUUACCGAACCGGUAACCGGCGAUUAUCGGUAUAACCGAUAACCGGCGGUAUCGGUAUACGGUAGCCAAUUUUAGCCACACGGUAUACCGUUCCGUUCCCGGUAUAUUACCGUCGGUAUUCUGCUAUACCGAGUUACCGAAACCCACACUGCCCUAAAUGUUAUUUCGUUUCAACCACAAAAAAAAAAUGUUAUUUCCUUCUCUUCUUCCCCUGACUCAAGCCGCACGAAGUCUAUCUCUCCAUAUUCGAUCUCUCCAACUCUUCUCAUCAAUCCACCACACCAGUCCAGCAGUUCCUUCCACCACGAACCAGUCACCACUCGCCACCAAAAUAGUGUGCCGCCGCUGGCUGCUGGUCGAAGGCGAUUGCAAUCGAUCUUCAAACUUCACCGUCGGUUGCUUUCCUUUCUCAUCCAGCGAUUCAGUUUUCUACAUCUAUAUCCCCAACUCCCUUGUAACCCCGUAAAAAAAGAUGAAGAGGAGCGGCUCCAGGAACAAGUUCCUGAUGUGUUUCCGGCCGGUCGCCGAAAUGGAAGAUUGUGUUCUCGAUGAUGGGUUUGGUCUCCACAAGUCCAAAUUCGCCGCCCUUCUCUCGAUUGAUCGGUCCAACAGUCAGGCCUUUCUGAUUUCCGCGGCGGGGAGCGACGAAUUCACUGAUUCGAUGGGGAAGAAGGUGACUCUGGAUCGCUCUGUUUCGGAUUGCUCUGCCUUCCCCGGCGGCCGGCGCUCCGUCAGUUCCGAGGUGGAAGAGGUUGUUGUUCCGACUCCUCGUCAGCAUCAUCAUCGAAGGAAGAGCUUUUCCCGUGCGAUCAAGGCUGUUCUAUUCGAGCCCAUAUCGUCGAAGCGAGGAAACGACCGGAAAUCGAUGAACCGGGUCGCCGACGAAUCGAAUCAUGGCUCAUCUUGCAAUUAGGAACCCAGAUUAGGAACCCAGCGGCGACAUGCAGCAGUGGCGGGAGCGCGGAUUGUGUCGAAGCAAGAGACGCAGGUAGACGAUGGUGGCGGUGACUGCGAUGCGAGAUCUCUCUUCCCGAUUGACUGCAAUUACCUCCCCGAUUUAUCUCUCAGAAGACGGCAGUGACGGAAAGGCCAAAUGGCCCAAAUCUAUCUCCUUCACUAGAUUUAUCUCCCUGAAAAAGCUAAUUUUCUUCAUAUCUUCAAGAACUCCGGCAUCCACUUCGGCCCAAAAAAUCCCCCGCACCCCCAAAUCCACCAUGCAAAUCUUGCAAGUCGAAGAGGUUGAGGUCAUGGUUGCAGGCCCAGAGAUUGAGGUCUUGAGGAAGGUGUAUCGUGAAGUCGAAGAGGUCAGAGGAUUGGAGGUCGGAGGAUUGGAAGUCGAAGAGGUCUUCGGCAGCGGAGGGGGCGGUAAAUCGGGAUACCGACGCAAUAACCGAUACCGUCCCAAUCGGUAAUCAGUUUACCGAAAUUUACUCGGUAUCGGCAAACGACAGUGAUAAUGGGAUUUCCGGAAUACCGGUAACCGGUUAACCGGUUACCGACCGAUUACCACCCCUAGUUGUAAGUGGAGGGGUAAAUUGUUGUUUGGAUGAAAAAGUAGGAGGGUGCAAAUAGAGUGAAAAGUAAGUAAUUAUAUUAUUUUAAAGUAGAUUUUAAAAUUUUAAAAUAGAUUUUAAGAUUUUAA